GCCAGCAUGGGUUCCUCAUUUCUGUCCACCUCUUUCAGUCCCCUUUGAUAAAAAUAGGAAACGAAACCAUUACCCCUAACACCCAACCAAUAUCAAAAUCAAAGAAGAAGCGUUAAAUUCUCUUGAGAGAUUUUCGUUGGUGAAGAACUCUCAGAGACAUUUAUUUUUUGGAUUUUGGCUCUUGGCUUUAGAGAGAGAGAAUUCGUUUGAAAUGAUGCAGGCUAUGCAUCAGAGUCCUCUUCUCUCUCAAUCUCCAAGCUUCAACAGCUACUCUUCUAGUAGGCUUGCAGAGAUCGCCGCCAAAGUCACCGAAGAAUUUCCCCAAGACAAGGAUUCCUCCUUACCCACAAGACAUCUCAUCGAUGAAGGCCCUCCUAAGCCACUGAAGAUCUCUAACGAUCAACCUUCUCAAGAGGACGUCGAUGACGAUGAUUUCGAAUUCGCUUUCGUUGCCAGAGAUCCCGAUGGGUCUCCCAUUUCUGCCGACGAGAUCUUCGAUAACGGUCAGAUUCGUCCCAUUUACCCGGUUUUUAACCAGGAUCUUCUCUUCGCCGACGAUUCCAAGCUUCCCAAAAAAUCCUCGACCCUUCGUCUUCCUCUAGGAAAACUCAUGACAGAGGAUCGUGAUUUCGAUAACGAUAAUUUUAACCCUCCGUCUUCUUCUUCCUCCGAAGCCGACGAACUUGAUAGUCUCCCCGCCGGAAGUUACUGUGUUUGGAAGCCGAAAUCCGUCGAAGCAUCUCCUGAUAGAUGCAAGAAGAGCAGCUCUACCGGAUCUGGAUCUUCAAAGCGAUGGAAAUUCAGAGACUUCCUUCCCCGGAGCAACAGUGACGGUAAGGAUACCUACGUUUUUCUCUCUCAGUCCAAGACCAUGAGAAAGAGAAAUUACAAAACUGAAAAAGCGGCUGACAGGGCGGCGGUUCCGAAAGCUGAUCAGCACCAACAGCAUCCUAAAGAGAGGAGGAACUCCAUUUCCAACCCAGAACACAAUUCCUCCCAAGAUAAAGUCGCCGUAGCCGUCGCCGCCACUGCCGCCACUGCCGCCGCGAAGGGCAAAGUGAAAGCCAAGGGAGUGUCUGUUGACACGGUAUCCGCUCACGAGAUCCAUUACGUUCGUAACAGAGCUAUAAAGGAGGAAGACCGCAAACGUUCCUUUCUUCCUUACAGACAAGAUUUGGUGGGUUUCUUCUCUAACGUGAAUGGAUUGAGCAGGAACCUUCAUCCCUUUUAAAACCAUAAUAAUGUGAGUGUAUUUUUGUUAGUUUUUUGGUUCUCUUGUAAAUAUUUUACAAGUUACAUAGGAAGAAUUUGGGUUUUGAAACUCAGAUUAAACAUCACUGAUCAUCAUUCCUUCAAAGCUUUCAGUUGGGUAUUUUGAUUUUGAUUUUGAUUUCCUUUGUAAAUAAUUCCUGCAACUUGAGUUGGGGAUUUUGCUUAUUUUUUUCUUCUAGUACUCCAUCAAUUAGGAUUGAAGUUGCAGAAGAAGAAGUAUAUACAGAGUAUGGAAUGAAUUGAAGUUUGAACUUUUGAAGUAUAAUGGAGUAGUGGAAGUAAGGACCCACACGGCUAUUCUGUGAGAAAUGAAAAUAGGGUUUUUGAGGAUUAUGAUUA